AAUUUGAUGCCAUAUUGUAUUGCUUGUGUGGUUCAGAGAGAGAGCUUGGGCUGCCCGUGAGAUCAUUGAGGCCUUCACGCUCCUUUUAAGCGGCCUUCACACGGCAAACUUAAGUUGGCAUACCCGUGUUGGCAAACUUCAAAAAGUUGGCAAGCUCGUUCCUUCACACGUGAAACUCGCAUCAAAUCACAACACACGGUAGUUUGCAACAUGGCCGACUUGGUGCAGUGGCACUCACGUAGAACAGUGGAACAAAAGAAGAGUAGAGAAGAAACAGAAAGCAAGAAAGGUUUGGACGAAACUCAGUUUGUCUGCUAGCUCCUCCAUUUUCCUUUGUUUGGUUUUAGUAUCUUUGUAGACUACAGAUGAAACGUCCCACACAGCUGGACAAUUAUGAACCUUUUCGAUAAAUUUAAAAGUGGCCUUGCGUUUAUCUUGACCUGUGUCUGCCAUAUUGUAUAGUGUCAUGCAAAGGAUUCAUGUGAAUAGAGCACGUGUUUUGAUUGGUUGACAGUUACCAACACAUGUUUGCCAAUCGUUCACACGUCAGAUACGAGUUUACCUACAUGAAAAAGUUGGUGAAAAAGUUGGCGAGAAUAGAGGCAGUUCUAUUUGUCGCCAACAGUUUGCAAACAUGUUUGCUGAGUGUUUCUGUGCUGUUCACACACACCAACUUGAGUUUGACAACACGAGUUUGCCAACUUUAGUUUGCCGUGUGAAGGCCGUUUUAGAAUUUGCCACUGCCAACAAAAAAUAAUCAAAUCGCUCCUCCAAAAAAAAAAUUAAAGACAGUGGAACCCCUUACUUAACCUAGUGUGAUCAUGCACUACCCCUAACUCUCCUUUCAAUUUUUCUCUCUCCUUCUUCUGCAAAAAGUAUUAGAAUCUGACCUUAGCUUGCAAGUUACCCCUAACAGGGCUAACCAGUCUGGGGCAGACCUUUCAAACAUCAUGAUCCAAACAUGGACACCCAGCUUUGACGAAUAUCUUCUAGCAUGCUCAGUGUGCAGUACUCACUGUCUCUGAUUGAUCCCUGCAAUCUGUUUUUGCACCAUUCUGUGUUUCAAGAGAUCUUCCUUUAAAAAAUAAAGUUUCCUAUUUUGUGCACUGGUUGACCUGCAGUAUGUAGAUGUAAAGUAGGUGCGACCAAAUCUAUUGCUCAAGUCAAAUUCCCUAGAGUCACCUAUUUUCCAAAAAUUCCCAAAUUCCCUAGGUUUCUGUUUGCAGCUGAGAUUGCAAUCUUAGCAGCUUGUACAAGCUCAGUAUACUCUACUGUAGGUUGAAACGAACUCUACACUGAAAUGGCGAGAAAGACUAUUUUCAAUCCCCCUUUAUUCCUUACCAUGUCCUAAUUACUGUGUGAUGGGUGCAUACUGUGCAUACAUGCAAGCAGGUGCAAGGAAGUAAAACCCAAGAAAAUCAAGCAUGGGAUGCAAUGUCCUAGGUUAACUUUGUCCCUGGAUUCUUUACAUGAUAUGAUUACUAAUUAACAAAAAUCAUAAGAUACCAGUAUGUGGUUAUAAAUUUAGUAAGAUAUGUGUUGGCUGAAAUCAGAGUUCCUCAACACAAAAAGAAAAUAAUUGACAAUAUAGUACAGUAAUGACUUAUGACUUAUUGUGCAAUUACAUGUAUCUGAUGUCUUGUCAAAACCUUUCCACAGAAAUCUGUAUGUGCUGUGAUGUUCAGUAGUCAAAUAAUUAGUUUCCAGAAUCUUCUUUUUCAAUAGAGUGAAGAGAUUAACAAAGAAACCAAAAUCUACCUGUAAUAUGUUUGUAAUUUAUUUUAUAGUCCCAGAAAAAUAAUAUAAAUGAUAUAUUUAAUUUGUUUUGCACAGCAAUCACAAUAUACUGCACAGUGAUUGGGACCCAACAAUCUAAACACCACUUAUUUAUAAAUACAUGUAAUAAGCUAAACAAUUGACAACAUGACAGUAAUGCAGAUACUGGGGCUGAGGUGCAGCUUCUGAGACAUUAUGUUCUUCUUUUUGCAGGGAAAGUUAGAUGAGAUUACAAAUUGUUCUGAACAAGUGAAAAAGCAAUUCAACAUUGGACGUUAUUCCUCAGACAAUCCAUUAAAAGUUACUAUCCUGGGAACUGGGUGGUGGUGGUUUGAACCACUGCCAAUUGCAUUUUGUCCUGAUUCCGUACUCUUUUGUCAAGAGUUGGCUAUUCAAUUGGCAAAAUGUCCUGAGGUUAGAGUCACCUUCCUGGUCCCAGAAAAUUCAUGCAGUGAACGUGAAAAGAUGGAUGCUGCCAGGUAUGGUGUUACCAUUGUUGAAGCAAAGAAACAACCAGGUUUUGAUGACCCUUCUGAUUGGUUGUAUUUCCCACCAGAAAACCUCACUACUGACUUUGUAGUUGGUAUGGGUGAAAAAAUGGGCAAAAUUGCACAAGUCUUUAAGGAAUUUCAUCAGUGCAAAAACAUUUAUAUUACUUCUGACCCUUUGGAGGAGCAUGCAGUUCUAUUAGAAGAGAGAAGAAUUAUAGAAAAAAAGAUUGCACAUCAUGAAAAGAGUUACAAAAAUGUUGGACUCAGUCAAAAGGCUGAUCUUGCUGUUGCUCCUGGUCCUAAGAUGUCUGAGAGUCUUUCUGCUUCCCUCCAUUACCACAAGAAAGAUGUUUUCAAAUUCACUCCUGGUAUACUCAGUGAAUUUUCUGAUGUUAAACAUGCUGCUGCUGAACGAACAAAAUUUCGUAUCUUAAUCAUUGGUGGUGGAGACCCUGACAAUUUUGAACGAGAGGGUCUUAACACUACCGCGGAAGCAGUGGCAGAGUUGAAGGACAAAUCUUAUCACCUUUUGUAUGUUGGUGCACAAAAAGGUAAACAUGAGCAAUUUGUCAAAAAAUUUUGUCAGUGUGGUGUUUCAAAAAGUCAGUUAACCAUUCGAAGCCUUCCCAAAAGUGAAGAAGAGUUGAAAAGCUUGUUCUGUGAGGUAGACCUGGCCAUUAUGCCCUCAAGUGAACAGGGAUUUGGAAUGAUGGGUCUCGCAGCAUUAUCUUCUGGUCUGCCUGUCCUGGUACAUGAGGAUUCAGGAUUUGGUGAAGCCCUGAAAGAGGUCAAAUUUGGAACAUCAUCCGUAGUGGAUUCUGAAGAUGCCAGUGUCUGGGCCAAAGCAAUCAAGAGGGUGCAAAACACGGAGAGGAAGAUCAGGCUUCAGGAGGCUGCAUCACUGCGUUCACAUUAUGAUGAGAAGUACAGCUGGGAGGAACAGUGUAGAGCUUUGGUUCAAAAGAUGUUGACCAUAGUCUCUGCCCAACCAGACCAGACUUUGUGAGAGGGAAACUGGAUGAAUUAUUACCCAGGGUGGUCAAUCAAUUAAUAUAUAUAUUUUCAACAAUCUUAAAUUAAAAUUGAUGUCUUAACAGUUAAGUACUAACAAAGGCUGUGAUGCAGUCAAGCGUAAAAGCUGAAUAGUUAAAUUGUCCAAAAAAGCAAGUAACUGCAUGAGAAACAAACUUUAAGGAAAAUAAAGAGGUUUUGAGGACAGUUUUGAAGCCCAGGUUGUUAACACAGAUAAAGCAGAGAUUAAGUGGUGCCUCAUUGUCUACAUGUAUGUCCUCCAAUUAUUUUUUUGCACUGAUGCUGUUGAGCUAAAAGACAAUCAGGGUGGCAAAGUAGGGCCACUUAGGUUAUAAAAUCAACCUUACAUUAUCUUUGUUUUUCAUACAUGGCUUGCAAGUACAACAUCUCUUCAUUAAUUCACUUAAAUAUGUCGGGGCAUAUGUGUGUGGUUUCAGCUAUAUGCCCAGUCAAUUUCUGGCAUAUGGACACUAAGAAGGUAGAAAUUGAAUGAGCAAACCAUAAUAUUCUCUUUUUUUUCUUACCAAUUUUAUGUCUUUUUCCUGCUGACUCCUGGUUACCAAGCUCAAAGCAUGGUAACCAGGCCAAAAAAUGGCGGCUGAUGGGUAUCUCUAGUUAUUAGAUACAAGUAAGGUAUCUAGUAACUGAAAUUACAGGAUCGUGACGGAAAUUUCACAGUAAGAUAUUUUAAACCUUUUUUUGAGAUGAAAAAAGCCUGUUUGUAUCUUGAAUUGUACUUGAAGGCACAGGGGUAUAGACACUACAAGGGGGUACAGACACUCUAUUUUGGUUUUUGUGUCCAUUUUUUUGGAACAAUGGAAAACUAAAAAUCCCCAUAAAUACCACAU